AUGCAUGUACCCACCAGUCCCCACACCCCAGGCAUGUACCCACCAGUCCCCACACCCCAUGCAUGUACCCACCAGUCCCCACACCCCAUGCAUGUACCCACCAGUCCCCACACCCCAUGCAUGUACCCACUAGUCCCCACACACCAUGCAUGUACCCACCAGUCCCCACACCCCAGGCAUGUACCCACCAGUCCCCACACCCCAUUAAUGUACCCACCAGUCCCCACACCCCAUGCAUGUACCCACCAGUCCCCACACCCCAUGCAUGUACCCACCAGUCCCCACACCCCAGGCAUGUACCCACCAGUCCCCACACCCCAUGCAUGUACCCACCAGUCCCCACACCCCAUUAAUGUACCCACCAGUCCCCACACCCCAUGCAUGUACCCACCAGUCCCCACACCCCAGGCAUGUACCCACCAGUCCCCACACACCAUGCAUGUACCCACCAGUCCCCACACCCCAGGCAUGUACCCACCAGUCCCCACACCCCAGGCAUGUACCCACCAGUCCCCACACCCCAGGCAUGUACCCACCAGUCCCCACACCCCAGGCAUGUACCCACCAGUCCCCACACCCCAGGCAUGUACCCACCAGUCCCCACACCCCAGGCAUGUACCCACCAGUCCCCACACCCCAUUAAUGUACCCAUCAGUCCCCACACCCCAUGCAUGUACCCACCAGUCCCCACACCCCAGGCAUGUACCCACCAGUCCCCACACCCCAUGCAUGUACCCACCAGUCCCCACACCCCAUGCAUGUACCCACCAGUCCCCACACCCCAUGCAUGUACCCACCAGUCCCCACACCCCAUGCAUGUACCCACCAGUCCCCACACCCCAGGCAUGUACCCACCAGUCCCCACACCCCAUGCAUGUACCCACCAGUCCCCACACCCCCAGGCAUGUACCCACCAGUCCCCACACCCCAUGCAUGUACCCACCAGUCCCCACACCCCAGGCAUGUACCCACCAGUCCCCACACCCCAUGCAUGUACCCACCAGUCCCCACACCCCAUGCAUGUACCCACCAGUCCCCACACCCCAUGCAUGUACCCACCAGUCCCCACACCCCAGGCAUGUACCCACCAGUCCCCACACCCCAUGCAUGUACCCACCAGUCCCCACACCCCCAGGCAUGUACCCACCAGUCCCCACACCCCAUGCAUGUACCCACCAGUCCCCACACCCCAUGCAUGUACCCACCAGUCCCCACACCCCAUGCAUGUACCCACCAGUCCCCACACCCCAUUAA